ACACAAGCAGAGCUCAAAAAAGAGAGAGAGAAAUGAUGGGUAGCUUUAAAAUGGUCACUCCGCCACUUCCGGCGACAAGAUUCCGGCGACAGCAACAGAUAACGGCGAACGGAGAUGGGUUUCCGGCAUUUCUUCCGAAGGAGGUAAAGAACAUAAAAGACCCAUUCGCAAGAGCUUUGGCUCAAAGAAUUGUACGGAUCCCUGUUCCUCUUCAGAUUGGAAACUUUAGAGGUUGUGUAAUGAGUAGCUGUAUCAAACCAACUGUUCAAUUACACGACAAAAGUCCCGUUGUUCUUCUCCAUUGUUUCGACAGCUCGUGUCUUGAAUGGAGACGUACUUACCCUCUGCUUGAACAAGCUUGUCUUGAGACUUGGGCUAUUGAUGUUCUUGGUUGGGGAUUCUCAGAUCUUCAGAAACUUCCACCGUGUGAUGCAGCAUCUAAGCGACAUCAUCUAUUCGAGCUCUGGAAAACAUAUAUCAAACGGCCAAUGAUUUUAGUUGGACCGAGUUUAGGAGCAACCGUAGCUGUUGAUUUCACCGCUACUUACCCUGAAGCAGUUGAUAAAUUGGUUCUCAUUAACGCUAAUGCGUAUUCAGAAGGAAUCGGUGCGCUUAAGGAGUUACCAAAAUCGAUUGCUUACGCUGGGGUUAAGUUGUUGAAGUCAUUUCCUCUUCGGCUUUUGGCCAACGUGUUAGCCUUUUCAUCACCUUUGUCCGAGAACAUAGAUUGGACUAAUAUUGGCCGGUUACAUUGUCAAAUGCCGUGGUGGGAAGAUGCAAUGGUCGAUUUCAUGAUUAGUGGAGGCUAUAACGUCGCUUCACAUAUCAAACUCAUAAACCAUAAGACGCUCGUUGUAUGCAGUGAGAACGAUCAGAUUGUUAGCAACCAGCUCUCAGUUAAAUUGUUGUGUGAGCUACAAAAUGCGGUUUUCCGGGAAGUAUCAGAUUCCGGUCAUCUUCCACAUGUUGAGAACCCGAAACACUUUGUGAAGCUGAUAUCGGAUUUUGCCAGUGGAAAGCUCAACUGAUUCAUUUACUGUAAAUCUGCUUCAAACUCAUUGAGUGGCUACAGAGGAAGGAGUUGCAACGUUAUAAAUUAUGAAUGAAAUACAAAGAGAUUAGUCUAGCUUGGGCUUGGGGUGGCUAUAUAAUUAAUAUAUAUGUGUAGUUGUUUUAUUAAAAGAAGAAACUACAGAACAUAUAUCUUCUCAAAUCCGUAAGCUAAUUAAAAGAGUAUUGUUUUUUCAAGACUGUAGGUGGAAAUUGAAAACUCUA